AGUCACAGAGCUGGGAUGCAUUCUCCGCCCCCUAGGCGGGCACUGGUACGGGAGUUCAGUGGGACGUAUGAGAGCCUUCCAGCCAGAUCUAUUCAGGUAUCGGAGUCUAGGGUUCUGGAGUGCCCAAGCAUUCAGAUCACCACUAUUUCUCCUGAGGAUGACACUGCUCCAGCUGGAGGGGGGUACUGGGAUGGUGGGGGUGGGUGGGACAGAGAGCGUCUCUACCUGCCUCUGCUGGACCCGUUUUGUUACCGUGACGGCAUGACAGGAGCAGGGUCCCUCAGCCCCAGCCCUGCUUCUAGUCCUUCCUCUUGCGGAUGGCUCAGUCCAGCAUCCAGCUGCAAUUCACUCUUAGUAGAGGAGGAGGAGUUGAAUGAAGCUGCUGCUCAUUUUUGCCUCUCGCCCUCCUCCCGGCCUACUUCUCCUGGGGGUAAGAAACGCAGAAACUCCCCGCUGGCUUCCCCCAGCACCUCCCGCAGGAGCAGCUACUCUGAGGAUCAUCCUUCCCUCCUGGAACCAGGAGACUGUACACCACAGUCUCAGGCCCCGCCCAACAGCUGUGAACUGAACAUCCCACAGAAGACCAGGAAAACCUCACUUGAACAGGUCUCAUCUAGGGAGGUAGACCAGGACCAGUCUGCAACCCAGAGUUCUCCCUGUCCCCUUCCAGAGACUUUGCACCUGAGAAGGGAGACCCCUUCGAUGGGCAUGGACUACCUGUCUGUACCUCCUGCUCUUGGCUGGGGGAGGACAAGGGCGAGUGCACACAGCCCUGUGUUCAGGUCUAAUGCUCUACCACCGCUGGACUGGCCGCUGCCGUCCCAGUUUGACCAGUAUGAGUUGCGCAUUGAAGUGCAGCCACGUCCACACCAUCGCGCUCACUAUGAAACUGAGGGAAGCCGUGGAGCAGUCAAGGCCUCGCCUGGAGGACAUCCAGUGGUGAAGCUGUUGGGCUACAAUGAGAGACAGCCACUGUCUUUGCAGGUGUUUGUGGGAACUGCUGAUGACCGAUCAAUACGACCUCAUCCCUUUUAUCAAAUACACAGGGUGACGGGGAAGAUGGUGGGUACAGCGAGUCAGGAGAGUAUCCAGGCUGGCACCAAACUACUGGACAUCCCCCUGAACCCAGACACCAACAUGACUGCCCUUAUUGAUUGUGCAGGCAUUUUGAAACUGAGAAACUCAGACAUAGAGCUUAGAAAAGGAGAGACAGAUGUGGGGAGAAAGAACACUCGAGUUCGUCUGGUCUUUCGCACUCACCUCCCUCUAGCCCCGCCCCUGGCCCCUCCGGGCCGGGUCCUCGCCCUGCAAGUUGCCUCCCUGCCUAUAGAGUGCUCUCAGCGCUCUGCUCAGGAGCUGCCUGUGAUCGAGUCUGUCAGUCUCACGUCCUGCUCUGUGGAGGGCGGGGAGGAGCUUCUCCUGCGUGGGACCAACUUUCUGCCCACCUCCAGGGUGCUUUUUAUGGAGAGAGGCACAGACGGAAAACUGCAGUGGGAGGAGGAGGCACAUGUUGAGCGGGAAAAGAGCGGCGAGAGUUUACUGUGUGUGCGGGUCCCGGCCUAUAACAAUCUGUCUGUGAGUGGCCCGGUGUCUGUUUGCCUGUAUGUCUCCAACGGGAAGAGAAAGAGGAGCAGCACACACUGUUUUAAAUACCUGCCCAUCAUGUUUAAAGAGGAAGAUCCCCUCCUGUCCAGGCCCUCUGCCGUGCCACUGGAGGGAAUGACGCUUUGCCCCAUGGGGGGGCCCAGCGUAGGGGACAGAGGUCUUCAUUUGAGGGGUGACCCCUCCACAGAGGAGAGGAGUUUAUCUUUCCACCUGCCCACCUACCCCAACGAGUACCCUUACCCAGGACAGGGUUACCAAGAAGAGUAUUGCCCAAAAUCCGAGGCCACAGAAGAGGGUGGAGGAGGUAGAGGGGCUCUGACUGAGAGGAAUCCCAGUUUUGAGAGCUUGGAGCUGGGUUUCACUGAGCUCCUGCCUCCUCUGUAUUCACGAGUCCCUCAACCUCCGUCUCCCUCCCCCUCGCCGUCUCCCUGGCUCGACUCUCCCUAUCUCUCCUCUUCCCCUUCUCCGUCACACUCCUCCUGUCUCAGCCCUUUCCCCGCCAGCAGUCCCAUCUCGACCUCCCCGCUUCCUCCUCUUCCUCACUCACCCUAUCCCCACUGCCCGUACCCCCAGGAGGUGUGCUCCUCUCCUCCCUCCAACCCCAGCGCCUACCAGGACAUGUAUCCUCCUCCCUAUGCCCCGUAUGAAAGCUGGGAACAGCAGAACCAGGCUCCAGCAGAGAGAGAUAACACCACAGGGAUGAAGAUCCAGGAGGGACCUUUGGAUUAUCCCAGCCACUCAUCCAUGCACCACAUCACACUGGAGGAAGUAAAUGAAUUUAUUGGAGAGGACAUCAGAUCCUUUCAAUCUGGGUCUCACAUGGACAGCAGACCCGGAUGA